AUGGUGCAGCAAAGAUUCGAUGAUCUAGCUUUCUGGUACAGAGCCUCUUCUGAAUAUGGAAUGAUUACGUUCUCGCCCACAGCUCUGGUGCGUUGUCUGAUUUCGGCGCGUCGAUACAUGCAACUCCCUUCAGCACAUUACCCUUCCGCCGCUGCCAGCCCGGAUGAUUCAAUAUUCGGGAAAUGGGAAAACUACACCGUCGAGGGUGAAGGAAUACCUUCGGAAGCGCUAGAAGGUGUUACAUGCGGCUUAGUACUUCGGCCACUCCGCGAGAACACUCUCGGCCGCUGCGUAGCCAUAGCACGCUCGUGGUUCGAAGUCUUUUUAAUCAAGAACGAUGAAGAGCUUGACGUGUUCUCCCAAUACUGCGCAGAACGGUUCGCAAGCAAGUCCGCGGUUGUGCGUCGGCGCAAUGCGCAAAGAAAAGUCCAUCACGAUGAAUCAAGCUUGGAAGGAAAAGACGAAGAAGAGGGAGUCGAUGGUAGAGAAGAAAAUGAAGGCGGUGAUGAAGGCGACGAUGAAGGCGACGAUGCAGGUGACGAUACAGGCAACGACGACGAUGACGAUAUAGGGGGCGACAUAGGGGACGACAUAGGUGACGACGACGAUGACAUAACCGUCUCAAGCACCUCAAGCAUAUCUAAAGCGGAGCACAUUCCCUUCUUUGAGAUAAUCUCCUGA